AUGCAAAACCCACCAAACCCUCCACCCCCUGGAACUGCAUCUGACCAAUACUCCCAAAUGCCAAUCAAGGUCAUGCCAGGUCAAUCAAGCCCAAGUUAUGGUCAACCAGGUGCUCCAGGUGCCUAUCCACCACCACCAGCUGGCGCUGCCUCCCCAAGUUCACCAUAUCCUCCACCACCAACUGGAGCUGGUCAAUACCCACCACCACCAACUGCCGGAGCUACUCCAGGUGCUCCAGGUCAAUACCCACCACCACAACAACCAGGUCAACCCGGUCAAACCGGUCAAUACCCACCACAACAACAACCCGGUCAACCAGGUGCCUAUCCAGGUCAACCAGGAGCUCCAGGUCAACCCGGUCAAUAUCCACCACAACAACAACCAGGUCAGCCAGGUGCCUAUCCAGGUGCUCCAGGUCAACCAGGUCAACCCGGUCAAUACCCACCACAACAACAACCAGGUCAACCAGGUGCCUAUCCAGGUGCUCCAGGUCAACCCGGUCAACCCGGAUAUCCACCACAACAAGCCGGUGCCAAGCCACCCGGUCAAUAUCCAGGUCAACCAGGUCAACCAGGAGCUUAUCCAGGUCAACCCGGUCAGCCAGGUCAAUACCCACCACAACAGCCAGGACAACCUGGAUACCCUCCACAACAACCCGGUCAACCUGGAUACCCACAACAACCCGGUCAACCCGGAUACCCACCACAACAACCCGGUCAACCUGGAUACCCACCACAACAACCAGGUCAACCUGGAUAUCCACCACAACAACCCGGUCAACCUGGAUAUCCACCACAACAGCCAGGUCAACCCGGAUACCCCCCACAACAACCAGGUCAACCUGGAUACCCACCACAAGCUGGUGCCAAGCCACCAGGAGCCUAUCCAGGUGCUCCAGGAGCUUAUCCAGGUCAACCAGGUGCUCCAGGAGCCUAUCCAGGUCAACCAGGAGCUUAUCCAGGUCAACCAGGCGCUCCAGGAGCCUAUCCAGGUCAGCCAGGUGCUCCAGGAGCCUAUCCAGGUCAACCAGGUGCUUAUCCAGGUGCUCCAGGUGCUGUUCCAGGUGCCUACCCACAAGCUGGCGCUCCAGGAGCCUACCCAGGAGCCGUUCCAGGUGCUUACCCACCAACUGGAGCUCCAGGAGCCUACCCAGGUGCUGUUCCAGGUGCUUAUCCACCAACCGCUGGUUAUCCAGGAGCUAUGCCAGGAGCUAUGCCAGGUGCUUAUCCACCAACUGCCGGUUAUCCAGGAGCUAUGCCAGGUGCCUAUGGUGCCGUCGGAGCUGUUCCAGGUGGCGCUUAUGGAGCUGUUGCCUACUCGCAACCAUCUGCCUAUGUAAGACCAGCAUACUCUUAUGCCAGCACCUAUGUCAGAACCGCUGCAUUUGUUGUGCCAGUUGGUCUUCCACCACACCUCGUCCAAAAGAUGAUGUCUGCCAGCGCCGCCUUUAGAAUGUUUGAUUCCAACUGCAGUGGAACUUUGAGCAAGAAGGAAUUCAAGAGAUGUAUCAAAUAUCUUGGUUUCUACUUUAGCAAGGGUCAAACCAAAACCUUGUUCUACUCGAUUGACAGAAACUACUCUGGCAGUAUCGAUGAAAGAGAAUUCUGCGAAUGGUGGAUUCAUCAAUUAUGGACCAAUGAAUCAAUCACAACAUCAACAACAACAACAACAAAUAAUUCGAAUAUUUCAACAAAUACAACAACAUGUAUUGGAAUACAAUCAAAGAUUAUUUCAACUAUUUCAAUUAAUCUUUAUUAA